AUGGAUUCUUCACAGUUCCGAAAGGCGGCAAAAGGAGCCAUUGACGAAAUUGCACAAUACUAUGACACACUAGAGGAACGACCAGUCCUGCCCGCUGUCAAACCCGGCUAUCUCCGCCCUCUCAUCCCAUCCUCAACCCCAGAAGAAGGCGAGCCAUGGGAAGCCAUUCAAGCAGACAUCGACCGCGUAAUCAUGCCGGGCCUUACGCACUGGCAAUCCCCCAAAUUUAUGGCCUUCUUCCCCUGCAACUCAUCCUUCGAAGGCAUGUUGGGUGAAAUGUACAGCGGAGCCUUCAAUGCUGCGGCCUUCAACUGGGUCUGCUCGCCCGCCAUCACUGAACUCGAAACCGUCGUUAUGGACUGGGUCGCCAAGCUCAUCGCCCUACCCAGUGACUUCCUUAGCGACGGCGAAGGUGGAGGCAUCAUCCAAGGCACCGCCAGCGAAGUCAUCCUCACCGCGCUCGUCGCCGCCCGUGAACGCAUCAUCCGCCGCAAACUCGGCGACAUGCCCGAGGGCGAAGAAAGAAUCGACGCCGCAGCAGAUAUUCGCAGCAAACUCGUAGCUCUCGGCUCUGAACACGCGCAUUCUUCAACCCAGAAAGCAGCAGUCAUAGCAGGCACGCGGUUCCGCACUGUUCCCGCACCUAAAGAAUCAAACUACAGUGUCACCGCCGCCGCCCUCCGCAGCACAAUCGAAGCCUGCCGCGCCAAAGGCCUCGAGCCGUUCUACUUCACCAUCACCCUCGGCAGCACGGGUACCUGCGCCAUCGACGAUCUCGCAGGCGUCGCGCAGCUCGCACAGGAGUACCCCGAUCUCUGGAUCCACGUCGACGCUGCAUACGCCGGUUCGGCGCUCGUCUGCCCCGAAUACCAGUAUCUGUGCCCCCCAAUCGCAUCGUUUGACUCGUUCAAUUUCAAUCUGCACAAGUGGCUUCUUGUGAACUUUGACUGCUCUGCUUUCUUCAUUAAGAAGAGGAGGGAUCUCAUGGAUACGUAUUCCAUCACCCCGAGUUACCUGCGGAAUCCGCACUCGGACCAGGGUCUUGUGACUGAUUAUCGCGACUGGCAGAUUCCGCUUGGUCGCCGGUUUCGCAGCUUGAAGGUGUGGUUUGUACUCCGGAGCUACGGAGUAUCGGGUCUGAGGGCGUUCAUACGCAAGCAUGUCGAGUUGGGUGUGUAUUUUCAGAACCUGCUCGAGCAACGGAAGGAUCUUUUUAGAGUGGAGACUGAGGCGGCGUUUGGACUGGUGACUUUUCAAGUUAAGCCCAAGGCCGUAGCUGAGCAAGACGGCAAUGCGGGUGUGGCGGCGAAUCGACCUGACCCCAGCCAUGGGACGCUGCAGAAUGGGUUCCAGGGCGAUGCUGAGGCGCAGUAUGCUGAGAUGGUGAAUCAGCGGACAAAGGAGGUGUAUGAGAGCGUUAAUAGUAAGGGGGAUUUCUUUCUUACGAGUACGGUGAUUGGGGGGAGGUAUGUAAUUCGUGUUGUUAGUGCAACGACUAAGAGUGAGGAGAAGUGGAUGAAGAUGUUAUUUGAGGAGUUGAUGGAGGUUGCUGAGGGGAAGACGACAUGA